AUGAAACAAACUUUAAAUGUAAUAGGAUUAAUUAAUUUUAUUAAAAAACAAAGAAGCUUUAAUAAAUCACCAAUAACAAUUACAAAACCAUUAGAAAUUACAAGAUUUUCAUAUGAAGGAAAUCAAUUAUUCCCAGCUAAAUUAAAAAAAUUUAAAAACCCAACUAUUGAUAGUGAUUUAUUAGUUGGAUUUCAAGGUCCAGAUAGUAUUGAAUCAGAUUCUCAAACACCACUUUCAUUAGUAUUGAAUAAAUUAAUUGAAACAAAACAUGAUGUCAGCAAAUCUAAUUUCAUCUCUUUUAGAAAUUCAUUUAGAAAGUUAUUCGAAUCAAUGUAUGAUAGUGAAAAAUGGAAUAUACAAGUUCAAAGAAUCAAUUCAACAAUUCAUUUAGGUAUGGAUAAUCCAACGCAAGAUUUUCAUCAACUUAAAAAUUUUCAUUUAAAAUCAAUGUAUUCUGGUAAUUAUUUUGAAAAGAUUUCAACAAUUGAUAAUAAUAACAAUCCAAAUGAUAAUAAACAUAAAUAUUGUUCAAUCAUUCAAUCAAAAUUAUUUAAUAAUAAUUUUAUUUUAGCAUGUGAAAUUGAUUGUUGGAAAAAAUCAAUUCAAAAUAAUAAUAAUAAUCAAAAUAAUAAUAAUAAUGAAAAUAAUAAUAAUGAUGAUGAUGAUGAAAAUUAUAAUAUUGAUGAUUAUGUAGAAUUAAAAACUUCAAGAGAUAUUGAAGAUAGUAAAGCAAAUUAUCAAUUUAGAUCAAAAAAAUUAAUUAGAAUUUGGUUUCAAGCAUAUAUUGCAGGUGUUUCAAAGAUUUUUUUAGGUAUUAGAAAUGAUGAUUUCUUUUUAAAAAAAUGUUUAAACUUUAAUACUCAUGAUCUACCAAAUCAAGCUAUAAAUUGGAAUAAAGAUGAAAUGUUAAUCUAUGGAAAUGAAAUUUUAGAAUUUAUUAAAAAUAACACUUGUUCUGGUAAAUCCUAUACACUAUCUUUUAAUUAUCCAAUUAUCUCUUUAGUUGAAUCCGAUUCAAUCAAUAUCAUUAACGAUCAAUAUUUACAAUAUUAUUUAAAUAUUCCUAAAAACUUUGAAAAUAAUUAUAAUCAAAAUAAUAAUCAAAAUAAUAAUAAUAAUAAUAAUAAUGAAAAUAAUAGUGAUGAUACUAAAAAUAAUAAUAUUCAAAAUAAUAAUGAAAAUAAUAAUAUUCAAAAUAAUAAUGAAAAUAAUAAUCAAAAUAAUAAUGAAAAAAAUCAAAAAAGAAAUUUUGGUGAAGAAAAAGAAAUCAAAGGUGAUGAAAAUGAAGAAAGAUUAUCAAAAAAACAAAAAAAAUUAGAAUAA